UUACACCUUUUAUCUGGUUCAAUGAAAACAGUUAGUUUGAACUAUCAUGGAUAAAAUGAAAAGCGCAGAAAAAAAAAUAAAACUAAUUGUCUUUUCACACAAUACAUGGACUUGUUUACUAUUUAUUGAAUAUAAUCAGUAAUACCGAUAACGCGUUUAGAGCGCAAUCUUCUGCAUUUCAAUAAUUAUGGUGUCCUGAUAGUAAGCUCCGAGCGAUCAUGAAAUUUAAUAAAAUCGACUCGAUCAAUAUUGACACAUACUUGCAAGAUAAGGAAAGUGGCAAGAAAGUCGGAUCCGAGACUCGUGCUUAAAAAGUAAUGGCAAGCAACGGAGUCUCGGUAGUCGGCACAGUGCAGAGAGAGGGUAUACAGAGAUGCGGUGUUGUUGUCGCCGCGGCUUUUGCAAAACCUCUUACGCAUACACGCCCAUGUUGUACGCGAAUCGAGGUAUGAAUAAAAGUAUCCCCAUUCACGAGACUAGAGCGUGCUCGCGCUCCUCGCUCUCUGCAGCUUUCGAGCGCACUAGCGACUGCUGCGAAUGCGACGACUACCUACUUGAUCUAUACGUAUUUAGCUCGCAAAAACAUCUGUGCGCGCUUGUGCGAGUCGGUGCGCUUUAAAGAAGAGACGCAGUAUUAGUAAAAGCUGCGUACGACUCGGUUGCACUUGCGACCGAGAGUGCAGUGUGACAGUUGAGCUCCAAAGCCAAAGACGCGGCUGGGGGCCUCGAAAGCUGGGCCACUGUAACAGUCUCGUCGCAAACAUCGCUACGUAUUUACGUGCAGUUCGAGCUGACCGCGGCCGAGCACUGAGCUUCGCAGUCCGCAUCGUCGGACAAAACAACCCAGCACGGCGCAUUACCGCUACUCCGAUUUAUCGUGUAGUCUGGACUCGGGGGUCGGGCCUUGGCUCGACUAACUCGCCUACAAAACAACUACGUAUAUAUAGUGCUACACAUAUAUAUACAUUCGUACAUGCCUAUUCUAGCCGUGAGCGUCGUCUCUAGUCAGUUUGUCAUUGUGUUGAGUGCGCAAACUGUGUGUCGGUAUACGUACUCGAACAUAAAUACACACGCAUACAGGCAUACAAGCUGAGAUUCGACGCCUGCGCAAAGGUUGUUUACAACUGCGAAGCUGCUUUUUCAGCGUAGGUAUAAUAGCAGCGUACAUACACACGUAUAUAUGCACUCUCUGCUCUCUGUGUACUGUGUACUGAGUACCUAGUGUGCAUCGUAGUCAGCGUUGUACACACGACCUUUCCAAGAUGGACACACAAAAACGUAAUAUAGGCGCCUUUCCGUGACCCGACCAGAGAUAUCGUCAGCUCGUCAGUGUUCCGCAUGUGAUCUCGACUGCGAGCGCGGGGACUCGAGACAUUAUUUGUGGCGACGCGUCGGAGCAGCCUCCAGGGCUGCGGCCAGCUGUGAACGGCAGAUCAGCAACAACAACACCAGCAGCUCCUGGAACAGAGCCAACGGCUCUCGACCCAGCCCAACGACGCUACUGCUCCGUUGUCCGUGAUCCGUAUAAGCGACGGCCCUCGCUGAUUAGUGAGUCUGUUACGCGCCUAUCGCUAUUCUUUCACUGUUACGCUGCUACGAGAACAAAAUUACAACGUAUUUUCGACGUAUCUAUUUCCGAUAAGUAUCUUCGAAUAGAGUCGCGAGACCAUUCUAAGACCCGGAGCUUCGCGCUUGCUUUUGGCUGACGUCGGCACCGGCUGGAGUCGGCUCUACGGGCCCGUUUGUCGUCGUUAAAACUCGAAUUUGCAGCGUGUGCAUUCACCAAACUGACAACUGCAACCAAGUGACAGCGCAAGCUGCUGUAAACUCGCUACGUGUUGCAUCUGAGGACCACCACUACACGCAACCAACGACGCAUCGCAAAUUUUGCCACCGUUGACGUGGCCCUUAUCUGCAAGACAUGCGAGUCAGACCUCUUAUUGGCUCUUGAAGCCACUCUCUCGUCCUCAUGCAUGUUCUUAAAGCAGCAGUUACAAGGUCAUUUAAAGCUACUUCAUCGCAAACUUCCACUUUUCCAAAAUUGCUGGCUUAUACAGUUCAAUUAGGACGAACGCACCAAUCGUGCUCGUUCGUCCUCAUGUUCAAAGUAAUCUAAACGCAACACCUUCCAUCAUGUUUUCUACCAGUCCCAUGUGCCAGUCUUCUGGUGAUAUCGUUCUUGAGGGACACCUUAAAAAAUUAAAAACUCUUAAAAAGAAAUAUUUUGUUCUUCGAAAUGAAUCUGUUGGGCACCCAGCCUGCCUUGAGUACUAUGAUAGCAAAAAGAAAUUUGAAACUAAGUGCCCUCCCAAGCGCAGCAUCACUGUAAAAAGCUGCUUCAAUAUCAAUAAGCGCUGGGAUACCAAACACAAGUUUGUCAUUGCAUUGUAUACCAAAGAUGAUUGCUUUUGUCUUGUUCUCGAAAGUCAGAAAGAACUUGAUUUAUGGUUGUAUCAACUACUCAGAAUACAAAAUGGUAAUGUUGUAGAUGGAGAACCACCUAAACCAAUAUUUGCUCAUGUUUGGACAGUUCAUUUACAAAAUAAAGGUCUUGGUGAUAAAUUAGGUGGAGCUGGAUACUUUAGACUUUGUCUCACUAAAGAAGCUGUUAUUUUAAAAGAAGUUAAGAAGGAAAAUACCCUGGAAUUUCCUGUAAGUACUCUAUUCUAUUUAAAACAAAUAAGAAGAUGUGGUUGCAUGGGUAAAGUAUUCUACUUAGAAGUUGGACGUUCUGCUGUUACUGGCGGUGGAGAAAUUUGGAUGGAAACUGAAGACUUUAAUAUAUGUAAAGCUAUGCAUUCUACUGUUAGCGCUAUGAUGUAUGAACAAAUAGAAUCGGAAGAAGGUCCUAAACAAAGAAUGAGAAGUUCAUCUGCUAAUGAAGCAAGCAAACCAAUAUCAGUACUUCAAAGAAGACAUACCACACAGAAACUGCAAAACUCAUCACCUGUGGAAGAAAAGAAGGAAUACAAGGAUCAAGUGGAAAUUGUCCAAGACCAGAUCAUUACUGCAUUUGCCUCUUCUGAGUGCAGUCCAUCUCAAACCACUUCUUCUCCCAAUACAUAUAUGGGUGAGCCAGUGGCGCGCGACAGGUGCGACAGCUUGCCCUCGAGAGGUCACGGGACGACGAGCGGCGAGGGCCAAAGCGCCGACAGUACGACCAACAAGAGCGGCAACUUCAUCACGACGGUGAUAGCCGGACACGAGCGCAGCAACAGCACCAUCUCUACGCUGGUGGGCGGCAGCUCGGGCGCGGGCUCCUCGACGGCGACGACGACGGCUAGCAGCAGGCCGCUUUCCACGCACACGAAGCUCAUGUCCGGCUCGCCGCCCGUCGUCGGCUCCCUACCUCUGAGCACCGUGUCGGCCGCUUGCUCGACCGACUCCACUGGCUCGUCGCUCUCGAUGGACGAGGCCUCCUGCGAGCAGGCCAUGGACGUCGUCGGUGCUCAUCAUCCCAGCAAGUACGGUCACUCCUUGACACCCGACGAGCCGGCCAUACUCGAGGAAAUGGGCGACGACUACGUGCCCUGGUCACAAGCCAGUAGCCAGCCGCACAAAUAUUCUUCUAGUUUCAAAUCUUGCUCGCCAUCGCAACAAAGUUCCUACGUCGAGAUGUUCAGCCCGAGCGGCUCGAGUCCCGGCCAGAGCGUGUACAUGCCCAUGAGCCCGGCGACGGGUGGACACUCGCACUCGCGAACCUCUUCCUUGGUCGACGACUCGCACGAAGGAUACGUACCGAUGGCACCUCUCGGCGACACGAGUUACGUCGACAUGGAUCCCAUCGGUGCUCAUCACCGUGCGAACGGCCACUUCUCAGACGACGGCAGCAGUGGCUCCGUGACCUCGGGAACGCCCAGCACCGACUUGCGCUUCGCCGAGUAUCACCUGGAAAAGGUGCCGAGCUUUCUAUCGCCUAUCGACGACACGCAGGAGGAGUCUAGGCCGACGAGAGCUUACUCCGUUGGAUCGAGGCCGGAGCCUGCCAAUCGGCAUCGCAAGAACAGUUUUCCGCAAAACAGAUUCGAGAUAGCCCAGCAAGAGUCGAUGAGGGUGCGCGCCUUUUCGGUAGGAAGUCGCGCCAGAAAACCAGAAAUUGCUCGCUUGAAUGUUGUCACGGCCCCGCUUAUGCCUGGAAUUGAGAACACUCAGAACAUUACGAGCAAAUCCAACUCUGCUCCACUUUUAUCCAAUUCUUGGGGACAUAGCGCGGUCUACCCAGCCUCUGCCGACCGCAUGGAGGACCUCAUGGAGAUGGACUUUAGUCGACCGAAGGGUGGACCAAUGCAUCCACCGACUCUGUCUUCGUCUUUUUCACAGUCGCACUCGCAAGCGUACCCAACUGCCACUAGUGCCGGUUCCUACAUCGACAUGUCUCCUGGACAACCACCAAAAUCAAUCACUGCCUCGUAUGUCAGUAUGAACGGCGCAUCUAAGAUGAAUCGGACAAACAAUAAUAACAUGAGCGUCAGCAAAAACAAUAAUGUCAACAACAACAACAAUUUUGCCACUGCCAACCAUAAUCAAAACCAGAGUCAUUCAAUGGGCAUAGUUACAAAUCACAAGCCAUUGAUAACACAGGCAUCAACAGUUUUAAAGCCUGUUAAGGAAUCAGAGUCACCGAAUAUGCAAAUGGAAAGUGCUCCUGAAAGCUGGUCUCAGUCCAAACCGAGUCCUGAUCAAAUAUCAUCAUUUAGUCAGUACGAUUAUAUGGAUAUGAAUGGACCACCUGGUGGUAUGAGAACGGCCCCAGUAGACUUACCGCAACCUCGACGAGCACCCGAUGGUUACGUUGAAAUGAAUUUCAAAGGAAAGUCGGACAAAGAUCAAGAUUACAUGAACAUGAGUGCAAACAAAAAUAAGCAUAACCAGAAUCAAUAUGGAAACCGCAAGAAAAAAUGUUCUUUGCCAAUUGCCAUUAAAUCAGCUGGCAAAUCGAUGAGCACAGCCAAUUUUCAUCUGCCCUUGUCAAAUAGCAGUCCAAUUGAGACAAUGUCUACCCUCACACCUGUUUCGACUCCCGAAAUUACACCUACUAGCUCAUCUGCCACGAUAUCUCCUCUCAUUCCUAACAGUUCUUUGAUUCCUGAGGAUAAACUUGAAAAUGUAACGAAACAGAGAAAUACGUCCAGUAGCAAUACCAAUGCUACUUCAGACACUGUUGUUGUUAUUCCUUCUUCACAAAGCAGAAAAAUUUCGGCACCAAGCCCGUUACCGGGUGUCGAUGGUUGCCCAAUAUCGAAAAAAAUGCACGAUGACUUUUGCACCACAACCACGUCAUUCACAAGGCCAAUUGUCGUUACUCGAAAGCUCGAGUAUCAAGCUACUCUGCCAGCUUGUAGCACUUCAAAUAAACCCGUCAGCCCAGUUGCUAAAGAGCCUCUGCGAACAACUGCGAAUCAAUCGAUUACGUCAAAAGAGCUUACUACUUUUACAUUGAACCCGAUUACAAAAAGAUUGUCAGACUUGACUGUAUCGAAGCCACAUUUAGUUACAGCCUCGAUGACCCCAACAGCUUCAGGAUUCAAACCUGUACAACCUGUAAAACCCACUUCACCUAAAAUUGUUGAAGAUUCAUCCAAGAUCAAUCCGACCCCAGUUACGACUCCAACACCUUGUCCUGUGGACAAUGAAGGCUACGAAAAAUUGCAACCAGGUGCAAUAUUAUUGCAUUAUGCCAAGCUUGAUUUGCCAGAGGUAUCUAGUGCACCUCCAGUUUCGCCUUCUCCUGCUCAAGAAGGAUUCACCUAUGCAGAAAUUGAUUUUGCUAAACUCAAACCACUUUAGACUAAUUCAUUACAUGUUUUAUGCCAACGCAUCUUCAUACGCUGCAGUCAUAUGAAAGACAUUUAAUUUGUAAAGAGAUACCGCCAAAAAAUUGAUACAUUAUGGUGUUGAAAUCUUUCCGAUAAUUUUGUUGCAGUAAACAAUUUAUCAGAAAUGAUUGCUACACCUUGUAAAUAGGAAAAUGAUGUAUGUAAUUUCAAAAAUUCAAAUAAUCAUGUAUACAUACAAAAACGAUUAAU